AUGGAGGGUGGUGGCCCACCCCCACCGCCACCACCUCCAGGAGGUUUUAGGCCGCCAGGAAAUAUGUUCCCAGGCGGGCUUGCGCCGGGCGUAAUGCGGCCGCCCAUGGUGCUGCCACAGCAGACUCGCUAUUUUAACCAGCCUGGUGGGAUGCCUCAACAGCCUGGCUUGAUAGCACAAGGUCAGGCUCCAGUCCCUCGGCCGCCUCCUGUACCGGUUCUUUCGGAAGAGCAGCAGCAAAAGCUUAUCGACGAAAAGGCAAAGAAGUGGCUGCAGCUGAACUCGAAGCGGUAUGGCGACAAGCGCAAGUUCGGGUUUGUGGAGGCGCCAAAGGAGGAUAUGCCGCCGGAGCAUGUGCGCAAGAUCAUAAGGGAUCACGGCGACAUGUCGUCGCGGAAGUUCCGGCAUGACAAGCGCGUGUAUUUGGGCGCGCUGAAGUUCGUGCCGCAUGCGGUUUUUAAGCUCCUGGAGAACAUGCCCAUGCCAUGGGAGCAG